AUGGAAACAACCCAGGCCUGUUUCCACCCACCGAUCGAUGAAGUUCUCCGAGCAGACAGACGCAGAGAGAAGAAGAAGAAGACGACUGAGAAGAAGAUGGUGAAACGCGCUGUUCAGGUGCAUGCUGGGAUGCUGUUAGUGGCCCUCUGUCUUCUGCUGGGGGCAGCUGCUGCAGGCAUACUGAAAGUUGACGGUGCCCAGGAUGGAGGUGGCAGCGGCGGGGACACCAUCAGCCACUCCCUGACCCUGGUGCAACGUUUGGAGGCCCUGCUGGUUCAGGGGAACGGCAGCGACGUGUCGCUGCGGGUGGAGACGCCCAGCGCGGACGAGGUGAAGACCAUCCAGGCGCACUCUCUGGUGCUCUCCCUGCAGAGCCCCGUGUUCGAGGAGAUGCUGCUGAGCCGCAACGGCAGCACGCUGGUCCUGAAAGAGAGCACCGACUGCGCCGCCGUGUUUGACAAGUUCAUCAGAUAUCUGUACUGUGGAGAGAUUUCUCUGCGUCUGGAUCAGGCCACGCCUUUACACAAGCUGGCAACUAAGUACCAGGUGCUGGGUCUCCAGCAGGGCAUCACCCAGUACAUGACCCAGAACCUGGCCCGGGACUCCCCCUCAGGCCACGUGGCGGGCUGGUACGAAUACGCCCAGCAGGCCGGGGACGCGACUCUGCGGGACAGCUGCCUCCAGUAUCUGGCCUGGAACCUGACCUCGGUGCUGCAGAGCGGAGAGUGGGUGACCAUCAGCAGCCAGCUGCUCAUGUCGCUGCUGCAGCGCUCAGACCUGAUCCUGCAGAGCGAGAUGGAGCUGUUCUCAGCGCUGGAGGCCUGGAUUAUUCAGAACGAGCCGGACGGCCUGACGGCAGAGAACGCUCUGAGAGCUGUGCGCUACGCCAUGAUGCCUCCACGAGACCUCUUCCGCCUGCAGACCCAGUCCACAGUCCUGGCUCGGUAUCAGGAGUCAGUGCGCGACCUGCUCUACAUGUCCUACCAGUUCCAUUCAGCCUCGCCGCUGCACAUGGCCAAGUACUUUGAUGUGAACUGCAGCCUCUUUAUGCCCAGGAACUACCUGUCACCGGUGUGGGGGUCGCCCUGGAUCAUCAGCAACCCCACGCGUGACGACCGCAGCACCAGCUUCCAGACCCAGCUGGGGCCCAGCGGCCACGACGCCAGCAAGCGGGUCACAUGGAACGCCUUGUUCUCACCUCGCUGGUUACCCCUCAGCAUGAGGCCCAUGUACACAGAGACGGGCGCCAUGCAGCCGACCCGGGUGGAGGGAGGGCGCCCACGCAUCAUCAUCACCCCGGCCACGUCCAGCGCCGACUUUGCCGGGGUGAACUUCCAGAAGACGGUGCUGGUGAUGGCGGAGCAGCAGGGGAAGGUGGUGGUGAAACACGUCUACAACUUCCACCAGAGCACCGAGGAAAGCGGAGAUUUCUUAGCUGAGGCCGACCUGUACCGCCGGACGUCUGAGUACCUCAUUGACAGCUCCCUCUUCCUCCACAUUGUGGUGAAGCCACUGUACCAGACCCUCAUAACCACCAAGAACUGA